AUGAGGCUUGUUGUUUGCUGCUUGUCUUUGAAUUUAUAUUUUUAUAUUUUUAUUUUUUCAGGUGUCACUGGAGUCGGGGCCCCUUAUCUGUCUUCCUUUGUUGGGUGUCUCCUUCCACAAGAGACUCUCGUAGCAGCAGGUUUGCUGCCAGCAGCCGCAAACAGCAGCAGCAGCAGCAGCAGCAGCAGCAGCAGCGCCAGCUCAGAAGACACAGCCACCCCCGGUGACGUCGCCAGAACCAGCUUGAGCAGCAGCAGCAGCAACAGCAGCAGCAACAGCAGCAGCAGCAGCAGCAACAGCAGCAGCAGCAACAGCAGCAGCAGCAGCAGCAGCAGCAGCAGCAGCGUGUGGCUGGCCGUGGACAUGAGGGGCCUGCUGACCCGGCAGUACUUGUGGGAAGGCAGCUGGCUGCACGAGUUGCUGCUGCAGCAAAAGGGACUUGUCCCCAAAUUUGCACUUUCGGAUUCUUUGAGAGACCUCAGCAGCAAGUGCUGCUGCGAGUCCCCCUCAGUCGACACUCUCGCCUUCAAAGCAGCAGCAGCAGCAGCAGCAGCAGCAGGAGAGAGAGCAGCAGGAGGGCCCCCUGCGGCCUCUGAGGCCGCCUCUGCUGCAGCAGCAGCACCAGCGGGCGCCUCGGCCGCAGCAGCAGCUGCUGCUGCUGAGGAGGGGCCCCCCAGCAGCGGGCCCAGAAGCCGCAGCAGCAGCAGCAGCAGCAGCAGCAGCAGCAGCAGCAGCAGCGGCUCCGGCGGGGCCCGCUUCUGCGCGUGGCCGCUGGCCGACUUGUACUGCGGGCAGCUGCUGCUGCAGCAAGGAGACAAAGAGACACGGGGAGAUGCAGCAGCAUUUCAAGAAAAGAUUGAAGCAGCAGAAAGGCAGCGGCAGCAGCUAACUAGCUGCCUGGGCCGGCAGCAGCGCAAGCUGCUGCAGCUGCUGGCCGCAGAAGAAAGAGCAGCAAGCCUCAAGGCAGCAGCAGCAGCAGAGCUCAGGGACAGUCUCGCGCGCCAGGCGCAGCAGCAGCAGCAGCAGCAGCAGCAGCAGCAGCAGCGGGCCUCCCGCCCUAAAGUCCUCUACCGCCUGCUGCCUUCGCCCAAGGGCACCCCACAAGGCAGUGCUGCAGAAUCUGCUGCAGACCAUUCGUCAGUCUCCUCUGCUGCUGCUGCUGCUGCUGCUGCUGCUGCGGGCGCACGCCCAGCAGCACCAGACACAGCAGCAGCAGCAGCAGCAGCAGCAGCAGACAGAAGCGUGGCAUGCGCGGACCACGCUGAGGAGCAGAAGGAACCGAAAGGCUCGGCAGAGGCGAAAGAAGACGCAGCAACAGGAACAGCAGCAGCAGCAACAGCAGCAGCAGCAGCAACAGCAGCAACAGCAGCAGCAGCAGCAGACACGAGAGCAGCAGGGACUUCCUCCUGGACUACUCCCCGCAGCGUGAAGGCAAUGCUUACGGCUGUUCGUUGGCAGCAGCAGCGGCCGGGCAUGGGCCGCAGAAGCUCUGAGACGAGGCCGCAGCUGCAGCAGCAGCAGCAGCAGCAACAGCUGCAGCAGCAGCAGCAGCAGCAGCAGCAGCAGCAGCUGGGACUUGCGACUGAAGGCCAAGACGCAGGCGAUGCUUCCCGAAUGUGCGAAGCACUUGGAGAGGCAAACCCUCCAACUGAACAGACCCACCGCCUCCGCAGCAGCAGCAGCAGCAACAGCGCCAGCAGCAGCAACAGCAACAGCAGCAGCAGCAGCAGCAGCAGCAGCAGCAGCUUUAAGCUAUUCAAUCUUUCGCUAGAUGCGCCGAGCUUGAGCCUCAGCAAGGGCAGCAGCAGCAGCGGCGGAGAUUCCACGAAAGACCUCCUGGGGCCCCUCUUGAAGAGAGUCUCCGCCUCCGAACGAGCUGCUUCCAGGGCCCACUCUGCGAUGCUGCAGCAGCGGGAAGUUUGCUGCGGCUUGGCUGAUGAACUGCGCGAGCUCACGGAAGCAAAGGACCAGCUGCAGCUGUUUAUGAGCCAGUUUCUGCAGAGCCAAGAGGCCAAAAGGUCUGAACUUGCUAAAGACCUUUUCCAAAAGGCCCUUUGGCUAAAAGACUCUCCUUGUCUUAGGCCUGAGGGGGCCCCCCAGCCCCUCCUUAAGCUGCUGCAGCAAAGGGCCCCCGGGGGGCCCCCCACAGAGGGGCCCCCGGGGGGCCCCCACAAAGAAGGGCCCCAUGGGGGCCCCCUCAAAACGGGGCCCCUGGGGGCCCCCCCGGGGGCCCCUCCAGAGGCCCCCUCAGGGGCCCCGUCGGGGGCCCCUCCGGGGGGCCCCCCGGAGGCUUCCCUGGGGGCCCCCCUGGGGGUCCCCCCUGGGGGCCCCUCUGGGGGCCCCCUGGAAGGCAGGGUUCAGUCAGGGGCCCCAGAGGGCAGGGCCCCGGGGAAUGCUUUGGGGGGCCCCCCAGAGCCUUCUUUGGGGCCCCCAUUUGCUGCUAAGUAA